UCUCUCUCUCUCUCUCUCUCGUGUUUGCUGGUUGAUUGAUUCCCCCUCGCCGCGCGCUCUACUCCGGCGAGGGCAGUAGAAACCCUAGUGGUUCGGCUGCUGGACUAGAUGCCUCCGGAAGGUCCGAGAGGGUAGGGUAGAGACUAGAGAGGGCUCCGUCAUGGGCUGCGUCUUCGGCCGCGCGGCCGCGUCCUCCUCCUCCCCCCCGGUGGCGCCAAGGAAGAGGGGGAGGAGCAAGAAGAAGGCGUCACCGCCGCCCUCUGCGGAGGCGGCCUCUGUCGGUUCCCCCUCUGCAGGUGUCGACGGGGACAAGCGGCCUUCCCCGGGGAGGCCGCGGCGGCGGCUCGGGGGCCGCAGGGGGGCGGGGCCCAGGCAGGGGUGCGUCCCGUCGCCCGCCGCGGCCGAGCAGGUCGCCGCCGGGUGGCCGCCGUGGCUCGUCGCCGUCGCCGGGGAGGCGCUCCGCGGGUGGGCCCCGCGCCGCGCCGACACCUUCGAGAAGCUCAAUAAGAUAGGGUCGGGCACGUACAGCAACGUGUACCGGGCGAGGGACACCGUCACCGGCCGCAUCGUCGCGCUGAAGAAGGUCCGGUUCGACAACCUCGAGCCCGAGAGUGUCAAGUUCAUGGCCAGAGAGAUCCUGAUCCUGAGGAGGCUCGACCACCCAAAUGUGGUCAAAUUGGAGGGCUUGGUGACCUCCAGGAUGUCAUGUAGUCUGUAUCUUGUGUUUGAAUACAUGGAGCAUGACCUCGCGGGGCUCGCUGCGAGCCCUGAUGUCAAGUUCACAUUGCCUCAGAUAAAAUGUUACAUGCAGCAGCUCUUGUCGGGUCUUGAGCAUUGUCAUGACAAUAAUGUACUGCAUCGGGAUAUCAAGGGGUCAAACUUGUUGUUGGAUAAUAAUGGGAUUCUUAAGAUUGCGGAUUUUGGGCUGGCGGCAUUCUUUGAUCCACGGCAUAAGCGCCCAAUGACGAGCCGGGUGGUCACGCUAUGGUAUCGGCCACCGGAAUUGUUACUAGGUGCAACUGAUUAUGGUGUAGGUGUGGAUUUGUGGAGUGCUGGGUGCAUUCUGGCAGAGCUCUUGUAUGGGAAGCCCAUAAUGCCUGGUCGCACCGAGGUAGAACAAUUGCACAAGAUUUUCAAGCUAUGUGGUUCCCCCUCGGAGGAGUAUUGGAAGAAGUCUAAACUGCCACAUGCGACAAUAUUCAAACCUCAGCAGCCCUAUAAACGUUGCAUUAGGGAGACAUUUAAAGAUUUUCCUCCAUCGUCACUGCCAUUGGUUGAAACUCUGCUUGCAAUUGAUCCAGCUGAGCGUCAAACUGCAACAGCUGCAUUACAUAGUGAAUUCUUUUCAACUGAGCCUUAUACUUGUGACCCUUCAAGCUUGCCAACAUAUCCACCAAGCAAGGAGAUGGAUGCCAAGUUGAGAGACGAGGAAGCUAGAAGGCUACGAGCUGCUGCAAAGGCCAAAGGAGAAGUCACAAAAAGGACUCGGCCACGGGAUCGAACCCACAAGUCUGGACCAGCACCAGAAGCUAAUGCAGAGCUUCAAGCCAACUUAGAUCAGAGGCGACGAAUGAUAACCCAUGCUAAUGCCAAGAGCAAAAGUGAGAAGUUCCCUCCCCCGCAUCAGGAUGGAGCUAUGGGUAAUCCGUUGGGAUCCUGUCGUCAUAUGGAGCCGACAUUUGAGCAUCAAGACGCUUCCUUCAGUACCGUAGUUCCCAUCCAGAAGGGGACCUCCCAAACAUGGUCGGGACCGUUGUUUGACCCGGCAGCUCUUGGGCAAUCAAGGCGGAAGAAGCAGACCACCCUAGAUGCUAAGGCCGUGGCUUAUUCAAAGCAGCUCCAAAAGGACAAGGGAGGGAUACGAGCCCGAUAAAAUUAUUUUUUUGGCGAGUUUGGGCAUGAGAGGAUCUUCAUGUUGGUCUGUAGAUGGAUCUCCUUGUUUUGUUCCGUUGGUGGUGGAAAGCAGGUAAUAGUGUUUGCUACUGUAGGGAGACUUCAUCCAGAUUAUGUAUAUGUUAUGCGGCAGUGUUUCCUGUUCUUUCCGGAUUCUUCUGAACUGAGUUGUUGUCCAGGCAAGACAUUGUGGGUUUACCACCCUUGUAUUGCUCUUAUACAGCAAUUCAGUUGUCCAUGUGUAUAUAUAGAGUAAUUAUUUCGUCUGUAUAAAAACGGAUUAUGCUUGCAUUUUAAUCAA